GCCAAUGAACGUGUAGACGAUCCUCGGGUCGUAGUGGCUGGCUCGCUGGCUGUCAGUUAGUGAAGCAAAGCAGAGAAGGCUUCUCGGAGUAUCAUAGGGCAACGGUGCGCGCGUAUAUAAUUGAAGUCUGGUGUCGGCGCGUUGGUGCAUCUCCUAAGGUCGGAGAGGACAGACAGCAGACGGUGUAGUCGCGCGAUGAUAGGGUCGAUCAGUGCGAGAAUGCAGGCAUAGUGGGCCCGGGUACAAUGAGCGUUGGGGAACGAAAGCAAGUGGUGCGCGGUGCGUAGCAUUUCAGUGGCGCGCCAAGGGCCCGGAGUGCAAGACUACCGUGGCCUUUAGCGAGAGGGACCUUAGAGACGAAAGAAAAUAAUAAUCUAACGCUUCCAACGGCGAUAACCGGGACGUUCGCGUCCAUCGGAUACGUCGUCGUUUUACUGCCUCGCGGGUGAAUAAUCGAAGGAGCCAAACAGAACACUGUGAACAAGCUAGAAGGUUAAGGGGUAUAUUAGAGAUCAGUGGAAGGCCAUAGCUCUGUCCAUUUGUACGUCUCUGUCUGUCUGUCAGUCAACCAAUCAAUCAGUCAGUCAGUCGGUCUAUCGGUCAGUUCCGUAUCGAGGGAAUACGUUGUUCCGUGCGUGCGCGGCAAUGUUGGUAUCGGGCUAAAAAUAUGCAGUAAGGAGGGCUGUCAGUGGCGAAGGAACGUGUUGCGUGGCCGUGUAGGCCCGGCGAGGCUAGCUGCUGGCUGCUGAGUGUAAACCUGCCGUGACGAAGAGCUCGAGGUACCCGAGGAACCGAGCAAAAUGGCGGACCUCGAGGCGGUGCUGGCCGACGUCAGCUACUUGAUGGCCAUGGAGAAGAGCAAGUGCACGCCGGCGGCUCGGGCCAGCAAGAAGAUCGUCCUGCCGGAUCCUAGCGUGAGGAGUGUCAUGCACAAAUAUUUGGAGAAGAAGAACGAAGUGAAUUUCGAUAAAAUAUUCAAUCAAAUGCUAGGGUACCUUUUAUUUAAAGACUUCUGCGAGACUGUAGCGGAGGAACCAAUUCCGCAACUUAGGUUUUACGAAGAGAUCAAGGCGUACGAGAAGCUGGAAUGUCCUGAGGAGAGGAGAAAGCUCGCUCGUGAAAUAUAUGACAAUUUCAUCAUGAAAGAAUUACUGGCGCAUGCGCACGAAUACUCCAAAGAUGCUGUAGCACAUGUACAGAAAUAUCUAAUGAAGAACGAGGUUCCUGUUAAUUUAUUCGAGCCGUACAUCGAGGAGAUCUUCAAUCAUCUGCGAGGGGAGCCUUUCAAAAAGUUCCUGGAGAGCGACAAGUACACUCGUUUCUGCCAAUGGAAGAAUCUCGAGCUGAACAUACAGUUGACGAUGAACGACUUCAGCGUGCAUCGAAUAAUCGGUAGGGGUGGCUUCGGUGAGGUCUACGGGUGCCGGAAGGCCGACACCGGAAAGAUGUACGCGAUGAAGUGCCUCGACAAGAAGCGUAUAAAGAUGAAGCAGGGUGAGACGCUGGCACUGAACGAAAGGAUAAUGCUCUCGUUAGUCAGUACAGGGGUCGACUGCCCCUUCAUAGUGUGCAUGACCUACGCCUUCCAUACGCCUGACAAACUCUGCUUCAUCCUGGACCUCAUGAACGGCGGAGACCUUCACUAUCAUCUCAGCCAGCACGGUGUCUUCAACGAACCGGAAAUGAAGUUUUACGCAGCCGAGGUGAUCCUCGGCUUGGAGCACAUGCAUCGUAGGUAUAUCGUUUACCGGGACCUCAAGCCAGCCAAUAUACUCCUUGACGAACAUGGUCAUGUCAGAAUAUCUGAUCUUGGACUGGCCUGCGACUUCUCCAAGAAGAAACCCCACGCGAGCGUUGGUACUCACGGCUACAUGGCCCCGGAAGUCCUUUCUAAGGGUACGGCGUACGAUUCAAGCGCGGACUGGUUCUCCUUUGGAUGUAUGCUCUACAAGCUCUUGAAAGGUCACAGUCCCUUCAGACAGCACAAAACUAAGGACAAACACGAGAUAGAUCGUAUGACGCUCACCAUGGUUGGUAAUGUUGAGUUACCAGAGACUUUCUCACGGGAGUUGCGGUCGCUUUUGGAAGGUUUGCUACAACGAGAUAUCAACAACAGGCUCGGGUGCCGGGGAGGUGGGGCUGACGAGCUAAAAGAGCACCCAUUUUUCAGUGGUAUCGAUUGGCAGCAGGUUUACCUUCAAAAGUACACACCGCCGCUUAUACCGCCACGCGGGGAAGUCAAUGCCGCGGAUGCUUUCGACAUCGGCUCCUUCGACGAGGAGGACACCAAGGGUAUCAAGUUGACGGAUGCCGAUCAGGAUCUGUAUAAAAAUUUUCCUCUAGUCAUCUCGGAAAGAUGGCAGGCCGAAGUGGCGGAAACGGUGUUCGAGACAAUCAAUAAUGAAGCGGACAAGGUGGAAAACAAGAGGAAGGCCAAACAGAAACUGCGAUUCGAUGCCGAUGAAAAAGGAUCGGAUUGUAUUUUACACGGGUACAUCAAGAAGUUGGGCGGUCCGUUCGCAAGUGCGUGGCAGACGCGCUACGCGAAAUUAUAUCCAAACAGACUAGAACUUUAUCCUGAGUCCACUACUAAGCCAGAACUCGUCUUCCUGGACCAGGUAGAGGAAGUCGGAGCGGAUCUUCAGCACGUUAAAAGCGAACAGUGCAUCGUUGUUCGCACGCGAGACGCCAAAAUUGUACUCACCAACCCAGACGAAAUAGGUCUAAAAGAAUGGGCAUUGUCGUUAAGAUCGGCGCACAAGUGCUCGAUGGAGAUGCUUGGGAACAUGGCAAGAAAGGCUGGAAAGAUUUACGGGACUGAACGUGACCCAGUGAUUCCGCCGAUGCAGCGAUCAACGAACGGGAACUAGCCCCUUGCCAAAGUCGAUAGGUCGUCGUACUCCAGGCCCACUGCCCCGCAGCAGCAUCAUCGGCAUCAAUAACAGGAACAACAACAACGUUUUUUUAUACUACUAAGAGAUAGAGAAGCGAGCGACGCCCAGCGGUACUGAGAUAGCGUGGGCCUCUUCCCUAGACUCGCUCGUUUGACGAUCACUCAACCCUUUCUGCCCUUUGACCCCCCCGACAAUUCUCUAGCCCUGCCCUCCUCAACGAAACACCCUGGAUUCCUUGACAGAGGAAUGAGUCCGAAGAGCAUGAACAAAGGGAUAAUAAGAUUGGAAGACACAAGAACCGCAGACUGAACGAGAAGAAAAAGAGUACGAAUGUAAGGAUGGAGGUGGAUUGAUGCCGAGGAUGGUUAUUUGGAAGGUGAAGGAAGGGUAAGGGAUCAUCCCCCUUGUACGGCGGGUAGCGCCGCGCUGUAUAGAGACUCUAGCGAGUAGCGUCGUCGCACCUUAGUCCCCGGAGACGCUCUACACCUAAUCCGGGCACCCGGGACGAAACACGGAUGCGUAGCGUCACGUCGUUAUAUUUGUACGUUAACUGUAUGUGGAGAGUGGCGUUAGCGAUUAGCGACCGAGCCACGGACACACCGGUAGUGUAUUAUUCAUUAAUAUUACUACUUGCAGAAUUAUCAUUCACCCUGAUAAGAUAUUUCCGACAAACAACAGAUAAAGAUUCGUCCCCUCACUCCACCCCAACCACGUCCUUUAUUCUCUUGCAUCUAUUCGCAUCCUAUUACUUGUUUACUUAAUUUAUUUACUAGUUAUCAGCCGUUUUUUUUUUUAUUGUCGCCAAUUAUACGGAUACUCCGAUACAUCCUUAGGACCUGUCUCCCUUUCAUGUACAAUGGUUGCAUUCAGACCUCCUUCUGCAUGUGGACAGAUACACAACGUUAUACACAGAGAGUCACAAACUAGAGAAUCCCUUUACGAUGAUAACAAUACGAAAUCGAUUUUAUUUAUUAUGUUAUUAUUGUAUCAGCGAUGAGAAACGAAAGAAAAACGGUCGUUUGUAUAUUGACAGGAAAAAAUUGAAUAUUGUUAUAACUGUGUACGUCCGGGCAGACACGCGCAGUCCGCUCCGGCAAUAAAAUGUGCGAUGAACGCAGCGGAACUUC